AUGAUUAGGGAGGGCAACGAUGCCAAAGGGUCUCCUGAUAUUGAACAAUUAGGAAAACUCAGUAGGACAGUGGUGGACGACCCAUCAGUGCUAAACCACAACCUCCGACAACUCUGCGCCCUCUUUGGAACGGAGUACCAUGAAAAGGCUGACCAAAUGAUGGGUACUAUGAUAGCACUUCACUCAUCACGCAUGCUUUCAACGUCAUGGACAGUGCUUCUUCAGUGUUUACGGGAAACUUCAGACCCACGUGCACAACUUACAUUGCUGUACCACUUUGGUAAUAUUGCGGACCGUAUAAGUAUACCCCAGAGGACAAAUGCCUUUAGGGUGUUCGCAAAGGAAGCCUUGAGACUCUUGUCAUCUAUAGAUGUUGUUGUAAGGAAUCAAUCAUUCUUUGUUCGUUUUCGGGGUGCUAUUGCUGCGCUUGGUGUUUAUGGGGAAAAGGGCCUUUCAGAGGCAAUUCUGGAGAAAGUAAUACCACAUAUAGUAACCUUUCCACGAACUGAGGGCCGUCGUGCUGCAGCACAGUUGGCGGCCCAGCUGGUUACGAGCACACUGCAUUGUGGAUCCUUUACGGGAUUUAUAGAGAAGGUUGAGAUGGAUAGUGACUUAUUAGGAUGUUGUAUCACAAUGGAUGCAAGUUUGCCGCUCCUGCUUGACCAGGCGAAAAAACUCUCUACUAAACCGACUGCAUAUUACACAGUUUGUGAUGCUAAAUCUCGUAUUGACAAAUGGUUGUAUUUGUUGAUAGUUGAAGAACCUACGCGACAUAGGAUUCUUCCAGUCGUGAUUUCUUGCCUUGAAAAGAUGAAGCAGUUUGACCCUACUUGGCAACUCACUUCAGCCGAUAAGAUUGUUGAACGUGCCAUAACAAUUGUGUCUAAGAGCGACACCAAGACUAUUCUACUUUCGCCGCUGCUUAACCUUAUUCGUCUCUUGAUAUCAAAACAGACAAAUCAAUUGGAUGGGGUUUGGUCUCUGACACAUCUACCAGAUCCUAUGAUUCGCUUUGAUGCCUUGAAUACUAUGGCGACAGCGGCAGCAAACGAAAUAGAACCCCAAGUUGCCAAAGAUUUGUUAAUUUGUACAUUUGAUCUCUUUCAAAAGUAUAUGACUGCUCAAUGUAGUUAUACUGUCUCUGGUACGCUUUGUCUUUUUACUGCCUUGACUUCUAAAACCUAUCACGACUCUUCAACAGUUUUUCAUCAGGUGUUGCGUGCUCAUUUUGACUUGGCAAACCCUGUGAAUUUAGUGAGUUCCGUCCGUAUUCACGUUCUUCAGUUGAUAGACAAGAUUCCCGGAGUUUAUGUGACUACGUUUUUCUACGUUCUACUUUGUGCACAAGAUGCAAACGUAAAGGUUCGGAAUUCUGCGUUUACCCUCCUCCUAAAAUGGUGUGGUGCCCAUAUUCUUGAUGAGGUGCUUUUCAGGGAAACGUUUCUUCGAGGUAUUGAUUUUCUGGAAGGUUAUCCUUGUGCAAGGUUGGUGACACAAGGUGAGGAAAAAAGUUGGAUUUCCCACUUUCGGAAUACUACUCAGUUGAUAUUAUAUUUGAUUGAAAAUUUACAUUCAGGAACGGCAAACACUUCCAAAGAACGUCAUCACAUCAUCCAAUGCUCUUGUGAGGGGUUGAUGUUUGUCAGUGCUUCUGAUUUGUGUGGUGCGUCUUCAUCAGCAUCAUAUGGUUUGGGUGUGACAUUACUCGAAGAUACCUUUUACAGGGCUUUUAUAGCGGUUCAUGAUUUGAUACUUUCAUCAGAAACAUUUCCAUUUGAUACAUACGUUUCCUUAAUUUCUGCAGCCACGUCUUGCUUAAAGAGAUGUAGAGAAAGUACUUUAUUUGAUAUAUUUACACAUAAGCAGCUAUUUAAUCGUUCAUGGAAUGUUCUCCAUCGCUGCUGCCAAGCGAUAGAUCCCAUGUCAGCUCCAAAAUUACACAGAGAACGUUCGCUCUAUUUAGUCUGGCAAGAAUUACCAAAGGAUCUUGAACGAAUGAUUGCUUCAUCAGCUAUAUCUGGGCUUACAAAUGUCGUGUAUUAUCAGGAAACUCGUAUUUUUGAGUUGGUAGAAAACACCACAGAUCUUUUUAUUGAGCUUAUUCGAUUUGGCAGUUGCUCCCCUGUCUUUGUUGGUCAACUUCGACGUCUGUAUUCUUACAUACUUGACUGUUUAGACAUCCUAGCCGGCUCCAAUCCAGUGGCUUCGUUAAGAGGAUGCCGAGUAUUGUUCGAGACCUUGUUUUGUAACGGUGCUUUGUCGGAUAGCUUUUCUAAACGAGAAAAUGAGACAAGUACAGAGUGUGGAAGAUUUGUCUCAAUGACCGUAACAAUUCUUACUCGAAGCCUAGCUUUUGAUUUGGUGGUUGCGGGCGAGGAGUUUUUCAGCUUUAUCAAGGUGCUGAUUGAGAUGGAUAAGAGAUCUGGCGACUCUCAGUGCUAUCUCGUCGUCGACGGAGAUUUUUCACUAGUAAAAAGAAUGAUUUCUAUUGUAUCUGAUAGGGAAUAUUACAAUGCCGUUCGAGGUGCUGCUGUGGUGGAGCCUAUUUUAGUUGCAUUAGAGCUGCUUUUCUCAUCUUUUUACUUUCCACGUGUCGCAGAUGUAUGCACACAAGAGGAGUGGACAAGAAUAUUGAGUGUGAUUGAUGAAGCUGCAGUAGACCUACAAAGCGACGUAUUUAACCGUUGCAGAGAUUCAGUGGUCUGUAUAUUGAAGUUGUAUGAGAAAACAUCGUUUAGUAACUCUUCGGUAUCGCCUACAAGAACGAGAUUUGAAUCACUUUUUGAAAAGAAGUGGAAUGGCACAGAAGAGUUUCUGUUGGAGUUUUGUCUUUUGUGUGAAGGUGUGGCCUUUGGGAACCUUUCAGAGGCCAGUCUAGAAUUAGGUAUGAUGCAUGCUAAGUCACUUCCUAUGGCUUUGUGUGCCUGUAUUUUGGAUUCCUCGCUUGUGAGUCGAACUGUUGAAUUGUCUCUCAUAAAGGAAUCUGAAACGUUCAUGCUGGAGCUGCUUUUGGUCGUCAUGGCUAACAUUGACACUAAAAGUAUUGUGAAAAGUGCUGCUUUAACGGUAAAUGAGAUGGUGUUAGGUUCAAAUGAUGAUUUGGUCGCACAGAUUAUUGAUUCAUUUCGCUGGGGAUGGGUAGAAACGGAUACCACACCUAAAACAUUGGAACUCAUUGCAGAUUCCCGAUGUGGCUUUUCACUUCGCAGAGCAAUAUAUGAAGCCGCACGUCAAAACUUCUUUUUGUUUCCUCAGAGUCUGGUUCGAAAUCCUCACUUUAUGCUUGUAGCGUUUUCUUCUUUUCCACAGAUAACAGUACCCAUCUAUACUGAGGAUGAUCGAGGGGAACUUUUCUCAAGUGCAAUAUGUGAGUCACUUGCUGAUCAUUGUAUAGGUGAGACUGUAACUAUUGUUGAUGAGGAGGAUGCUGUCGUUUUUGAUACUACCCAAGAAGGAGAGUUAAUGGGAGCAAUGUCUUUAUGGCCUCUUUUUUUCCCGGGUGUUGCACAAUCAUCGACGCUUUUGUCACGUUUCUUUGGGUUGGAGAAUGCUACAAUAAGGGGAUUGCUAGAAUGUAUUUCGGAAAAACAUGCAGCCGAUGUAUUUGUAACCUUGGGUAAAAAGGGAUUACUGGGCUCACUAAGGGUCGUUGAUAUGAUUGAGCUGACCAGGUUUUUGAUUAGAGGUGGUAUUACUUCGUUCCAAAUGGAUGCAGUAAUAGUUGAUGCAUUUCUGAAGAGAAUUUGUUAUUUACUAUCAGAGUUGUGCGAUACUAGUGAAUUGACCAUAUCCCUAAAGUACUGCUCCAUGUUUUUGCUAGUUCUUGUCGCUCCCAGUAGGGAAAGUCGAUGGCAAGACGUAUUGAAUGAAGAAUGUAUACUAGAUGGGUUUUUGCACUUGCGAGAUAGAGUCCUUUUUAUCAUACGUCGAUGCUUGGAGGUUCGAGUUCCCUCAAUGGAUGUAAAAGGGAUAGCAAAAUACGUCGUCUCCAUUUUUCUUCGCUCACCAAGCUUGAGACAGGGAAUUGAUGAAUCUAUACUGUGGUUAGUGGUAAAGUGCUGUACAUCGUCUGUUUGGGAGGUGAUCAUAGGGGAGGAACUGUGCAGCUCAUCUGAUGUAGCUUCUUUGAAGUUUUUAUGUAAGCUUAAUCAAACUGUUGGGCUACCACCAAAUCUUAUUGAAGAGAUGCACGCACAUUAUACACCAUUACUUCUUUCAUUUGGUAAUUCCCGACAACUGGAUUCAGAUGAACAACGUCUUGUGUUUUGGCUUAUCACCAGUUUGUUGUUGCAUACAGUCAUAUCAGAAGACCGUUUUGUUAAACCGAAAAUGCACAUGGCCUUGACGGAUGCUUUGUGCCAAUACACAGAUUUUCCUUUGGAAUCAGUAUCAUCAGAAGCAGCUUUGUCAAUUCGAUCUUUAUGUAAUGCUUCUAUCUUUCCAUAUUACACUCAACUUCCUGUGUCCCCAAAUGAACGGCAUUGGAAUAUACACACAACAGGGCAUCUCCUCCCAUUGUGUGGGCGGUGUACUCCUUCAAAAGAAGUGGCAGAGAAGAUUCUUACGUCACUUUUACAUCUUUACGCGCACGUGAUUAUUUCGAUUCUCUCGGACGCGUCAGAAUUUCCCGUUUAUUGUGUAUCAGAUGUUUUUUUCUCUUUGACAACACUUUCAGCGGGUAAUUCAUCUCUGCUAAAGCAUACUCAAGCCUAUGAGGGAACUAUUGUGGAGAACAUUCUCCCAUGUCUUUAUUCUUGGUAUCGUGAAUACGCUGCUUUGCUUAUUGAUGGUGUUCAUCUCCAGGGAAACGUUCUUCGUUCGCAUGUGGGUUUACUACCUGAUACAAACAGAUCGAUGAUGUUCCUCGAUGGAUUCAAUAUAUCUACGUGUACAGCUGUAAUAGUAAAUUUGUUUACAGUAGGAAGCGCGAAAAUUCCUGGAUAUAUAGAUGUGGGGGAUGCCCUCACAAGAAUGCUUUCAAUGGAUAUUUUUUCCUACGUAGGUGCAGUUACUGCUAUUAUUAUUAUCUCUGGAUCAGCUACCCGUAAAGAGCUUGCUCCCGUGGCCUCUAUGCUGGCACGGCGCUUGUUUGACGACUUGGAGUCAAGCGCAUGGGGUGGAUUGUCAUUUAAUUUCGGCAUUUUGCAGAUACUGCGCAGUGCAUGUAGUAUUCUUGCGGCACUUCCAGACGAGCAUAUUUCAAUGCGGAUAUGUGAAGCUAUAUGGAAUGGUGUCCUCACCAAAUCGUGCACUCGACGCCUUGAACAGUAUGCAUAUUAUACGCUGCAAUGUGUUGCUCAUAUGACAGUUGUGGGUCAGACACAAUGGCGCACAUUGCGGGCCCUCCUAAACUAUACACCGAAGAACAAAGGAGCUCUCGAUGCUUUUCCCCUAGUUGCAUCUCAAAUAUCUAAUUCUGAAGAAAAUGAUGGCUCAGGAUCUACUGCUUGUUUUGCUCUUGUGAGGCAGACUUCGCUACCGUUUCAAAAAUCAUUUUUUGCCUCCAGAAUAAAGAGAGAGAGAAGAAACCUCUUCUCUCUUUCAACGGCUGCUUCAUUGGUUUUGCAUGGUUCGUACGGUGAAGGUCAGUUGGAAGAAGUGGAUCACAAUCGUAUUCAAGUGAUAACAUUGUUGGAUUCUCUACAUGAUGCCCCAUCAUACGUGGGCGAUAUUGCGGUUGCCAUUCUCCAUGAAUUAAUGUUUACGGUUCUUGAACAAGAAGACGCUUUGUUCAUAACCUUUAACAGGUUUGAUUUUACACCUGUUUCCCAGCGACUGCUUUUGUAUGCGCUUCAUGAGAUGUCCGAGAGCGUCAUGCGGGAUAAUUCAAAAGAGGACUCCCGCUGGUGUGUCAUUGCAGACACCACACGGCUGUUGUUUGGAGCGUGUCUGGGUAAAACAAAAGUUGAUUUGGCCUCUUGGUGGUGGUUAACAUGUGCCAUACUGAACAGUUUUCUUGGAAUAAAAAAUACAGACUACUCAGGUGCCAUUUCUGUCAUCCUGGCUCAAACAUGCAGCAUAGCUACACAGCGAAUGUUGGCUUUAAGGAUUACUUUGUAUCUCUCUGAAGUGGAUGGAUAUGGGCCUGUAUUGAGAGUGUUCUUGACAGAACUGAAAGAAAUGUGUCUUUCUAGGUCGUCAGAGGAAAUCGCGGCUAGAUGUGUAACGGAUAUUCUCACUACUUUGCUACAAGUGAUCCUUUGA